GAGGCCCUUUACUCCCACCACGCGAACGAACCUCGAGUCUCGUGCGUCGAGAUUAGCAAGUCGAUAACAAGUCAAUAAUCUCAAUAAGCGCAGUUUUUCUCUGAUUGAAUACUUAUUCGUUCUUAUCCGAACGUUUACUUACCUGGCGUAGAGGGUUAUCAUAAUCUUUUAUCCGAAUCGUAGCACAGAUUAUCGUGACGGAUUGUUGUGCGACUAUGUAAAGUAUCGGAUUCGUUAGUAUCAGGUCGCGAGUUCGAUCCCAGACAUCCCGUUUAUACGAAUUUUUAAUUCAUAUCUUCAAGUAUAAUGAACUGAUAGUCCCAUCUGCUUCCUAAUUACAAAUCUGUUCGAUUUCAAUGUUGAUACUGAAGUCCAUAGGCCUGUGAAAGAAAGAAAAAAGGGGCACAUAAUGAUAUGACCUGUUCGAUGCGACGCUUCGAUCGAGUCAUACUGCACGGCGUAACGCGGAUUUGCCUGACAACUGCGCCGAAUAUUUGCUGAGCAUUGAAUCAAAUAGCUGAGAUCUGUUGUAAUGGAGUCAGUGGGACAGAAUCAGCUAUCCAAUAACAUCAAUGAUGGUUCUGACACUAAGGGCAGCUGUUUGUUACUUCGCUAUGCCAGUCAAAAUUCUCUGGAUGAAAGCUCGCAGAAGCAUAUUCCUCGUGAAAAUGGAAAAGAUAAACCACCAUAUAGGAAUCAUCAUCAUACAAAUCGAGCCUUUGACGUCAUCAAUGAGAUGAGAAAGAAAAAUUUACUCUGUGAUGUCAUUCUGGUAGCGGAUGGUGGCAUGGAAGUACCAGCUCACAAAAUGGUUCUGGCUGCAUGUAGUCCUUACUUUUAUGCCAUGUUUACAAGUUUUGAGGAGCGCGAUCAGCAGAGAAUAACAUUACAAGGCGUGGAUUAUUCGGCGUUAGAAUUAUUAGUAGAUUAUGUUUACUCUGCUGAAGUUCAUGUCACAGAGGAUAAUGUACAGGUGCUCCUACCUGCUGCAAAUUUGUUACAACUAACGGAUGUACGAGAUGCCUGUUGUGAUUUCUUACAAGCACAAUUACAUCCAUCUAAUUGUCUUGGAAUUAGAGCAUUUGCGGAUCUGCAUGGAUGUCUCGAGUUAUUGACACAUGCAGACAGUUACAUUGAACAGCAUUUUUCAGAAGUAGUUGACGCAGAAGAAUUUUUAACGUUGACACCUGAUCAAGUGGCUAAACUUAUCUGUAGUGAUCGUUUAAUGGUACCUUCCGAAGAGAAAGUAUUUGAAUGUGUUAUUUCAUGGGUACACCAUGAUCUCGAAAACAGACAAAACGACUUAGCUCUGUUAAUGGAGCAUGUGCGCUUGCCUUUACUUUCUCAAGAGUACUUGGUACAACGGGUGGAAGAGGAACCACUCCUCAAAGCGAAUUUACAAUGCAAGGAUUUUUUGAUUGAAGCCUUAAAAUAUCAUUUACUGAAGGGUGAACAAAAGUCAUUAUUUAAAACGCCACGUACUAAACCAAGGCAACCGAGAGGAUUACCUAAAGUGUUACUCGUUGUCGGCGGCCAAGCACCAAAAGCGAUCAGGAGCGUCGAAUGCUAUGACUUUAAGGAGGAAAAGUGGUAUCAAGUUUCCGAACUACCUACACGACGUUGCAGAGCUGGACUUUGUGUUCUUGGUGGACGCGUAUACGCUGUUGGUGGAUUCAAUGGAUCACUGAGAGUACGGACGGUUGAUAUUUACGAUGCCGCGGCAGAUCAAUGGUCACCCUGUCCCGAGAUGGAAGCGAGAAGAUCCACGCUUGGUGUAGCCGUGUUGGGCAAUUGCGUUUACGCUGUCGGUGGUUUCGAUGGUUCCACGGGAUUAAAUUCGGCCGAAGUUUACGACCCACGAACUCGCGAAUGGAGACCGAUAGCACGAAUGUCAACGCGGCGUAGUAGCGUAGGAGUCGGUGUUGUGAAAGGAUUGCUCUAUGCUGUUGGCGGUUACGAUGGAGAAUCUCGGCAAUGUCUCUCCAGUGUCGAGUGUUAUAAUCCCGAGAAGGAUCAAUGGAAAUCUGUACCUGAAAUGUCCGCGCGUCGUAGCGGUGCAGGUGUCGGUGUCUUGGAUGGUAUUUUAUACGCGGUAGGAGGUCAUGACGGUCCAUUAGUACGAAAAAGCGUGGAAGCAUUUAAUCCGGAGACAAAUCAGUGGACUCCUGUCAGUGACAUGGCAUUGUGUCGUCGUAACGCUGGUGUUGUGGCAUUAAACGGACUUCUAUACGUGGUGGGUGGAGAUGAUGGUUCUUCCAGUUUGGCAUCGGUAGAAGUGUAUUCUCCAAGAACGGAUUCCUGGACUACUCUGCCGACUUGUAUGGGAGUUGGGCGUAGUUAUGCAGGUGUAGCGAUUAUCGAUAAGCCAAUGGCCCCCACAGCGACAAUAUGAGGUCUACAAUCCGCUGGGCAUGCAACAGAACAAAACACGGAUCCG